AUGGCGCGAUUCCAGAUUAUUCUCGCGGUUCUCGCAUCCUUCAUGUGGUGCUCAAGCGCACAAUUCGGCUUCUUCGAUCAGAUGUUCGGCGGUGGAGGUGGACAGCAACAUCAAGAGCCACAGAAUGUGAGGAGUGAUAGCAGCUGGUACCAGGCACAAUAUGAGGGUGCACAAUGCUCUCACUACCUCUGCCCCGGCACCCUUUCUUGCGUCCACUUCCCGCACCACUGCCCUUGCGCUUGGGAAAAUGUAGAAGACAAAGUCGAACUCGGCGACGGCAUCGCCAUCUGUGGCAGCAAGGGAGGAUGGGCCAACGGCGAGUUUGCAAAGAAGGUCGAGUUGGCCAGGAAAGGCCUGCUAUAA